AUGGCCGACUUCAACGAACAAAAGACGCCCUUGACACUCGCCAACAUCCAGGCCUGGGCGCGAGUCGAGUUCUCCGACGCCUUCAACGCUCUCCCGCGCGCCUCGAGAGUCUCGUACAUUGAUAUUGACGACACAUCCUUCAACAGAGUGAUUCAGAGGUCCCUCGGUCGUUCCACGCACAAAAAGCUGCUUGUGAUCGGCGAUUACGCCCCCGGCGACCAUGUCGAGGACUCCAAGGUGGUCGCCCAUGUUCAUGAACACGACACAGAGAUUACUUUCUACCGCCUGAGUGAGGUGACGGUCGAGGGCAAGCCGGAACUGCACCCUGUUCGUGCCACAAGCAAUGUUGCAUUCUACUCGCCCUUCAGCAAAGUCGGCGACGACACUGGUGGUUCCAAGGCUAUCCACCGCGUUUCUGCCGUCAUACUGUACUACUUCGUCGCCUCCGAGCUUGUCCAUGAACUAGUAAGGCACAAGAACGACUCCCGAUGGUUUGCCAAGAAUUUCCGAGAAGCUUGCGACUGGAUCGGCAACGACGGCGACCGGCCAUCCACAGCCUCGAGGCCCGGCACCGCGCGGCGAGAAGGUGAAAGAGACAGCUUCGAGCUGCCCACAAAAAUCAAGCGAGAGCGGGAGGAGUACACACCACAGGGAACCCCUAAGCCCAAGCGAAUCAACCACUCGCGGAAGACCUCGCAAGUUUCCGAAAGUGCACCGUCACCUGUUACCGAUUUUUUCUCAACAAGAAGACGUCCCAGCCACGUCCGAAAGCCAUCAAACCUGUCAGAAGGCAUUCUGUCCCCCACGGACGAGGUAUUUGCCGACGAAACCAUGCUCAAGCAUGCUUACAGCGGCUUACAACAGGAGUGCGCACAGAUCAAAUCGAAGCUAGCCGCUACCAAAGAGAGAAUGAGGCUGGCAGAGGCGCUUGUACACAGCCGUGACAUUGACCUUCAUCUCUCCAAAGUCCGGGUCGAGCGCGCAGAAAGAGACGCUGCUGCUGCAAGGAAAGAGCUGAACGAUUUGAAAACCAGCUUACUAAAAGAUAUCGAGAAAGUGGUCAUGAACAAGUUUGCGGGAGGAUCGGUGUCCUCGGAGAAUUCGGAAUUGUCGUCUACCUAG